AUGACAAAAGUCAAAUUCACCCUCCCACCGCCAGCCGACAAGGUCACCUCGCUAUUUCACACCAAGCAGGUCCAGGAGGAUGAUCCACCAGUUUUCAACCAGCCUCUCAAUACCAGCUCAUGUCCGCACCACCGCAUCGCAAGGCUGCUAUACAGCAUCUCGCUCUCUUUACUACUCAUCAUCGCAGUCCCAGUCAUUGCCCUAAAGGCAUUAACCUAUAGCUUCGUUGAGGACAAUCGUAUGACGGGAUUCGAAUACCAGACGACAAGAAGGAAUGGCGACCCCGGCGAGUCCAUCAUCAUGGCCGCUCUACCACGGAUGCUAUACGCAGUACCAGCAAAACUAGCCAUUAUCGCCGGUACCGUAAGCAUAUGUCUCGCAGCCGCACAUCUUGGAUUCGUCGCAACAGAUUGGAAAAAGGGCAACAGGACGCAAUCCUACGCGUUCCGCCGCAACAUAAUGUUCCUCCACAUCACCAACGCCAUCCUCGUCCUCUUCGCCCUCGUCUCCAUCUACGUAACCCACAAAAACACCUCCCACUUCCGCGAAGGCUUCGUCAACUUCCGCGCUUCCCGCAUGAAUGACACCACCUCCACCUCCACCUCCACCCAACAAUCCCCGGCCUUCUUCCGCUACAACUUCGGUACUUUUGAUCUCGAAACCUGGGCUUGUGAGCUCGCGGGUGUUGAAGGUGCGGGUAUGGUAAGGGAAGAUUAUGGCAUGCAAUGCGGGAUUGAGAUCGCUGGAAGGGCGGUUAUGAUUCCUUUUGUGGUUGUUGCUUGGGGGGUUGCGGCGAUUGGGCUUUGGGGGUUUGUGGGGGGUGGGCGGAGGGGGCCCGAUGGCGAGAGGAUGAAGACUGAUGAGGUGGGGUUGGAGAUGGGGAAGAUGAACGCUACGGAUGAUUGA